AUGGUGGUGGUGUUGGUGUUACCUCUGCUUCCAGUGCCCUGGGAGCUCAGAGCCACUGGGCCUUUGUCCAGGGCAGGCUGCCCGCAGCCCCACCGCCUGCUACCGGGAGCUGAGCCAGUUCCCAGCUGUCACGGGCGCCGCGCUCGGGGCCGCCACAGGGGCACAGAGCUUCCAGCUCUACACCGGCUCCUGAGCCGGGACUCACCCACCGGGCAGCACCGCGCCGUGCUCAGCCGCUGCCCACGGCAGGGCCAUGAGCUGCUAGAGGUGUGGGGCAGCAGUGGGCGCAGCCAUAGCGUGGACCUCACAGCGCUGGGGAAGCAUGGGGAGGUCUACACAGAGGGGCCCUUUGCCUGCCUGGCCUGGUCCCACUCGGAGACACGGCUGCUCUAUGUGGCCGAGAAAAGCCGACCCAAGCGAUGGGCACCCUGCGCCUGGGAUGUGCCAGGAGCAGCCAGGCCGGCGGAGGAGGUCGAGGAUGAGGAGGACAAGGAGCAGUUUGUGUACCACGAGGACUGGGGGGAGGCACUGAGCACCCGCAGCAUGCCUGUCCUCUGCGCCCUGGACCUGGAGAGCAGCAGCCUCUCGGUGCUGGAGGGCGUCCCAGAGCACCUCUCCCCUGGCCAGGCCCUGUGGUCCCCGGGUGACCGUGGUGUGGUGUUCGUGGGCUGGUGGCACGAGCCCUUCCGCCUGGGGCUGAACGCCUGCUCUAACAGGAGGUCAGGGAUUUUCUACUUGGACCUGAGCAGCAGGAGCUGCGAACUGCUGUCAGCCGAGCACAGAGCUGCCUUCUCCCCACGGCUGAGCCCCGACGGCCGGCGCCUGCUCUACCUGGAGGGUGGUGUGGGGGGACCGCAUCGGCAGUGCCUGUGCCUGCGCAUGCUCACCUGGCAGACGAGGCAGACACUGAUGGUGCUCGAUGUAGUGCAGGAGCCCACAGAGGCCUUCGCCGGGCUGUUCACAGAGGUGCUGCCACUGCGGUGCUGGGCAGCCGACAGCCGGCGAGCCGUGCUGGGCACCCCGCAGCGCAGCCGCACUGACCUGCUCCUGGUGGACACGGAGGCAGCCACCGUCACCAACCUGACGGCAGGGUCACCCGAAGGGUGCUGGGAGCUGCUCACCCUCCAGUGGGACCUGCUGGUAGCCACAUGCUCAGCACCACACCACCCCCCUAGCCUGGUAGUGACGGCGCUGCCACCGGCGGGCCAGGAGCUGCCCCUUCGCUGGGUGCCGGUGGAGGACACCCCAAUAGUGCCCGGUGUCACCUGGAAGACCCUGACGGUCCGGUCCCCCUGCAGUGGGCAGACCCCAGCUGUGCACAGCACCCAGGCUUUCGAGGCCCUGCUGCUGAGCCCACCAGACAGCAUGGCACCGCACCCCCUCGUUGUGUGUCCCCAUGGUGGCCCCCAUGCUGUCUUCGAUGCCCGCUGGCGCCCAGGCAUGGCCGCGCUGUGCUGGCUGGGCUUUGCCGUGCUCCUGGUGAACUACCGUGGCUCUCUGGGCUUUGGCCAGGCCAGCAUCAGCUCCCUGCUGUCCCGAGUGGGUGAACAGGAUGUGGCGGACACCCAGGUGAGGGGCACUGGGAUGGAGGGGUGGAGGGUGCUGAUGGAGGUGUGCUGCUGGUGGGGUCUGCUGGGAGGAUGCUAAUGGUGGGCCCAUGGAUGCAGCUGGCAGUGGAGCAGGCGCUGCACAGUGAGCCCCUGGACCCAAACCGCCUGGCCCUGCUGGCUGGUUCCCAUGGAGCCUUCAUCGCCCUCCACCUCCUCACCCGUGAGCCCAAGCGCUACCGAGCCUGCGCCCUGCGCAGCCCCGUUUCCAACCUGCCUGCACUGCUUGGGACCUCCGACAUCCCCGACUGGCGCUACACCUCCCUGGGGCUGCCCUACUCCUUCGAGCGGGUACCACGUGCCGAGGAGGUGGCCACCAUGCUGCUGCGUUCCCCCAUUGCCCAGGCGGCACAGGUGCAGACACCAGUGCUGCUGUGUGUGGGUGCGCGGGACCGACGUGUCAGCCCCACGCAGGCGCUGGAGCUCUACCGGGUGCUGCGGGCCAGGGGGGUGCCCGUGCGGCUGUUGUGGUACCCGCAGGGUGGCCAUGCACUAGCCGGCGUGGAGAUGGAGGCCGAUGUCUUCAAGAACUGCGCCCAGUGGCUCCUUCAGCACGUGGGGAUGCCCUGAUGGGACAGGACAGGAGAGCACAGCCCCCAGCACCUACGGUGACCGCCUCUGUGCCAGCCCCAAGGAUGACCACUGGCCCUGGGGACCAUGCCAGGACCAAAGAAGGAUGAAGCAAGUGUAGCUGGAGGCAGGAUAGGAUGCAAG